CUCCAUCUCUGCCCCUCCCAACACUCCUCGUCAACGUCCUCCCCGUCACAUCCAUCUACAUGCCACCACAAGACGCACCGUCUCCCACUCCCUCAGUUGCUGGAAAGCGGGCGCGCGGAUCCGCUGGCCCAGCGGCGCCGCGCAACAAGCGCCGUAAGGGCGAUGGAACCGGAACGCCUGCCCCCGACAGCGGCCCGGAGGGGCCGUCGCGGAGUAAGCCCGUCAACUUUGCACUGGGAAUGGUCAAGGGGCGCGAGGAGGAGUGGAGCGAGCCUGCAGACGUUAAGACGAAGAUCAACUUCCUUGAGAUGCCCACAGAAGCGUUGUACGGGUAUCUCGAGGCGAACGACAUCCUCCCUCACUGGGACGUCUCGCCCUGGUCCGAGAUGCCGUGCACACCGCCAACCAUGAACGCGCUGUACACGAUCCCACCCCCACCGCCCAUCGUGCCCAUCAACCCCGAGCCGAAGGAGAAGGAGCCACAACCUGAGCCCGUCGCUGAGUCGAAGCCUGUCACAGACGACCUGGAAGUGGGCGACGAGGCCCUGGCCCCGCCCACAACGCGCAGCAAGACUGCGCCCCACCGCCAGCCGACUAGCUCGUCGCCCGCCCCCAACCCCGCCAUCAAGAGAGGCGUCAUGACCCUGUCAGACAUCCACGCAGCCCAUGCCGUGCUCGCUGAAAAGGCUAACCAGCACUGGGCCAAGGGUCUCGGCGGCGGCCAGAAUCGUGAGAGCGAGACGAUCGUCCACUUCCUUUACAAGAACAAGGUCGGCCACAACCGUCUGCUGCGCGUUUUCAACCCCGCGCCGGCGCCGUUCAACUAGGCUUUCUCUCUGGUGAGGGUUCGCGUCAUUGGAUGCUCUCCACCACGACCCGCCAAAUCCACUUCCUCCAGUCCCUCCUAACAUCCUGAGAUGAUGUUAAGAUCAUCCCCUCUUGGUAGAAAUACCCAGGCACCUGACACCCACUUGUCAGUGCUUUGCCGUUGUUGUACAUCAGUCGACCUUGGAGUCGCAUUCUAGCUGGGAUUGCCCAUAUACCCUGUUCUGUAUGCAGUGAUAGGCGUGG